ACUAGUCCGCCGUGAACUUCCGCCGGGUUUCCGGCCUGGAAUGUGAAUGAGUCCAAAUGAAGGUGAAGGAGCCUCCCGUCUGCUCCGUGUUUACCUGAGUCACCAGGACUUCUGUGUUGUUUACAUACACACAGCUCCACGACCGCCUCCACGCAGAGAGGUGAAAUCCACGCGGAUACAAGGAUGAAGGGACUGACGGUUCUGUCUCUGCUCGUCUGGCUCUGCGCCGUCUACUUCGUGGGCAUCUACCUGUUCGUGGGCGGCUUCCUGCUGGUGAGGCUGGAGGUGAACCGGACCAGCGCCUGCGGGGACGUGCUGCAGCCCGGCGUGGAGCCGCUGGACUUCUGCCAGGCCCGGCCUCGGUUCCGCAGGGCUGUGAUCCUCAUCAUCGACGCCCUGAAGAUCGACUUCGCCCGGUUUGACCGAAGCAACACCGCGCCGCGAGCCUACGAGAACAAGCUGCCGGUGUUGGAGGAGGCGGUGUCCUCCAGGCCCAGCCAGAGCCGCCUGUACCCGUUCAGAGCAGACCCACCGACCACCACCAUGCAGAGGAUCAAGGGCUUCACCACUGGCUCCCUGCCGACCUUUGUGGAUGUCGGCAACAACUUUGCAUCCAGCGCCAUCUUGGAGGAUAACCUCAUCCACCAGCUGGGACAGAUGGGUAAACGGGUUGUCUUCAUGGGCGACGACACUUGGGAAAGCCUGUUCCCUAAAAAGUUCUACCGCUCUCUGCCUUUCCCUUCCUUCAACGUGAAGGACCUUCACACUGUGGAUAACGGCAUCCUGCAGCACCUCUACUCCACCAUGGUGGGCGAUGACUGGGACGUGCUGGUGGCCCAUUUCCUCGGAGUUGAUCACUGCGGGCACAGGUUUGGGCCCGACCACCCCGCCAUGUCCGACAAGCUCACCCAGAUGGACGGAGUGAUCAGGUCUGUGAUCGACCGCCUGCAGAACGACACCCUGCUGGUGGUGAUGGGAGACCAUGGGAUGACCGACACAGGAGACCAUGGAGGAGAGAGUCAGAAGGAGACAGAUGCUGCGCUCUUCCUCUACAGUCCCUCCGCCAUCUUUCCUGGUCCGCCGUCUCAGGACGAGCCGGAUGUUGUUCCUCAGACGGACCUUGUUCCGACUCUGGCCCUGUUGUUGGGAAUACCGAUCCCGUUCAGCAGCGUGGGGCAGGUCCUGCUGCCUUUGUUUGCGCCACAUCAGCAGACAGAAGCCGCAGACGGAUGCCUCAGCCAGCUGGAGGCGCUGUGGAUCAACACCAAACAGGUGAACCGCUUCCUGGAGACCUACUCUGGUUUGGCCAAAGACAUCGACCCAGAGAGCCUCUCUGUGCUGAAGGCUCAGUUCGCCCGCCUCUCCUCAGAGUACCUCAGCACGCUCAGAGAGGGGCGGGCGCCCUCGCAGCGCCUGGCCUCCUCCCUGCAGGCUUACCUCACCGCCGUCAGGGACACCUGUCGAGCAACGUGGGCCCGAUUCAACCCGGCGAAGAUGGCAGGCGGUUUGGCCGUGUUGACGUUCGCCUGCUUGGCGUGUUUGGUGACGUCAGAGCUGUCCGUGGUGCUGACGGAGGAGAAACGCGCAGCGCUGAAGGCCCCGGCUACCGUGGCCAUAGCUGUCGGAGUCGGUGUCGCCGCCGCUCAGCUGCUGACCCGGGGUUACGCAGAGGCGGCGUGGAGCCUGGCGGCGGGUGCCAUCAGCUCGGAGGUGAUCUUCCUAUGGAGGGCCUGGCGGCUGAAGCGCUCCGCCGUUUUAAAGAACGGAGCCAAAGCUUCGAAGCUGUCCAGGUGGCUCAUCCCGCGCCGCCUCCUGCUGCCGUGGCUCGCCGUGGCGCUCCUCCGCUGUGCCUCCCUGCUCUCUGACAGCUAUGUGAUCUACGAAGGCCGGGUCGUGACCUUCCUCCUGCUCUCUCUGGCGAUCUGCGUUCCCAUCCACCUCAACUGGAACGGCCAUCUUCUGCCUCCGACGCCCGAUCCUCUGAAGUCUGCGGGGCUGCUGCCUUCACCCACUUUAACUCCAGCAGCCGUCAGGAAGGAAAGCGGCACCCUGCUGGGCUGCCUGGGUCUUCUGGUCCUCUGCUCCUACCUGUCGCUAUGGUUUCACGGCUGCAGAGAGGAGCAGGGCCUCUGCCAGCCGUCGCCGUUUCUCUCCCCGCUCUCGCGGCUGCAGGACAACCAGCUGAAGAACAUCUACUACAUUUUAUCUGUCGCCUCUCUGGCUGUUUGUGCGUACCUCCUGAGACUCUGCCUAUGUCACUACGGCAACCUCAACUCCUCUGGGGGUUCCGCUUUCGCCGCUCGGUGGUUUCUGCCGCUGCUUUGUGUUUGCACAGGGCUCCACUGGGCUGUCGGAGCCACGGCGGAGGACGCUUUCCGGCAGCUGGCGGAGCUGAUCCGCACGGCACAGCUGGCCCUGCCCAGAGCCGCCUUCUGCCUGCUGGGGGUGGCGCUGUCCCUGGUCUGGGCGGACCCGCUCACUGUGUUCAUGAAGACCCGGAACGCAGCUUCAUCCAGGAGCUCCGCCCUCCCUCCUCCCCGCUACCGGGCGAGCACCGCCAUCAGCCCGCAGGCCGAGCUGCACCACCUGAUCCCACAGAUCUACCAGCGCAUGCGUCGCUCCCUGGAGGACGGGGAGCUCAGCGGAGGCGGCGAGGACGACAACAGGCCCGCGGUGGAGGCCUACGGACUGGGAACGGUGUACUCCGCUCCGCUGCUGCUGUUCUGCGGCCUGCUGGGAGUCGGGCUGCUGCUGCUGCACCCGGAGGGGAUGAGUCUGGCCUUUCUGCUGCUGCUGCUAGAAAUGGGAGCUCUGCUCCACAUCCACGCCUCCUCCACCACCCUCAGCGGCUCACCUGGAGCUAACCCGGGUGCUUUUAACGUCCCGUGGACGCCUGUGGUGUUGUGGUCGCUGGCUGCUUCACAGUUCUUCCACGCCACCGGUCACCUGCCCACCUUCCCUUCCAUCCAGUGGGGGGCGGCCUUUGUGGGAUUCCCAGACGGACACGUGGGCACCGUGCUGCCAGCCUCCCUGGUUACUCUCAACACCUUCGCCUCACACAUUUUAUUUGCUGUGGGUUGUCCUUUGCUGCUGUUCUGGCCUCUGGUGCGUGAGGUCAGAGGGAGCAGAGGGGGCCGAGGUUACGGGGAAGAAGGCGAGGACGCCGUGAUGGAAAUGAGACUGAGGGAGAACCCCCAUCAGUUCAGCGCCGCUCUGCUGCAGCUCGCAACACGCUACCUCUUUAUCCUGGGAGCACAGACGUUUUCCUCAGUCUGUGCUGCUGCCAUUCUCAGGAGACACCUAAUGGUGUGGAAGGUUUUUGCACCCAAGUUGAUGUUUGAAGCCUCCGGGUUCCUGGUGAGCAGCACGUUCCUGCUGAUCGGAGUCACGUUAGUCAUCAGAGUCGACGUGGCCGUGGGCCGCUGGUUUAAAAGACUAAUCCCGAGCGUCUCCAGGUAGCACUAAAGCCCACCCUGCCACAAACUGUACCAGAUGUGACCGGGAAGGAGUUGCACAUAAAAACACCCGUGUUGGACAUCUCCAUAAACACACUUCAUCAGGCUGCCUGGAAAAAACUCUUAGGGCUUCUUUUGUGCACUAUUGGCGGAGGAGGACCUCAGGUCAUUGGACCCUCAACACAAAGGUUGGAGUCCUUUCUGAUGGUCGUUGGCCGGCCUUCAAUGAAUGUUUCUUUUACGCUCUCUGACUCAUGGAUGAAACUUCCAGCCGCUCAGUCGAGCAUUUCCAACUUUUGACACAGUGGUUCUGGUCAGCGGUCUUUACGGCAUGAAUGUUGUAUUCAUUUGGACAUUUAUUGUUGGGUUUUAACAGUUUUUUUUUUUUUAAAGUUAGCUGCUAACAUUGCCUCACUCAGCCUGGUGUGGAGGUUCAGAUUAAUUGUAGAGUUUAUCUAAUCACGACAGCUUGAAUAUUAAACAUUUACAUAAACACGGCUGAUACUUGGUGACAUCACACCCUGACAUCAUUAAAAAGGUCAUUGCAUCAUUUAGGUUCGGUUUUUGACAGUUUAUGCUUUCUGAAACCAGUUUGGGACC